CGCGGCCGGCCACGCCCACCCGGAUCCGGGCCCGCGGGAGCCGCCGGCAGGGCUGCGGCGUGGGCGGGACUGCCCCGGGGUCGCCUUCGGGCUUCGCGGCGGGGGGAGUCGCUGCUUCGGACCCUGGGGCUCCGCCUUCCUUCAGGAAGCCCCGGGCUAAGCCCCAGAGUCGCCCAGCUCCCGCCCGGAAUUCCGGAGACGGUGGAAGGGCCGACGUGGCGGGCGUCUCGCGGUUCUAGGUGCUUGGCCGGGUGAGGAGAGCCGGCCGUUCUUUCCUGGGUCGUGGACUUGGAAUGGCCAAAUAUCAAGGUGAAGUUCAAAGUUUGAAAUUGGAUGAUGAUUCAGUCAUAGAAGGAAAAUGCACAUCAGAACAUUCACCCAGAAAACCAAGAGCUAGUAAGGGUGCUUCGGGAGCAGCUUCAAACAGAACAGGAAGCAACUGGAAUUUCCAAAGGCAGAGAGUAAGCUAACAGAGACAGAGGACCAAGAAGCAGAGACAUGGGAGAAAGCCCUGGAGAAGAGAGCUCCUGAAGACAGCUGGGCAGUGUGGAUGCCCCUGCUGCUGCUCGACAGCAGUUCUACACUGACAUGUACUGUCCAAUCUGUUUACAUCAAGCCGCCUUCCCUGUUGAAACAAACUGUGGGCAUCUUUUUUGUGGUACCUGCAUUAUUGCAUACUGGAGAUAUGGUUCAUGGCUUGGGGCAAUCAGUUGUCCAAUCUGUAGACAAACGGUGACUUUACUGCUAACAGUAUUUGGUGAAAAUGACCAAUCUCAGGAUGUUGUAUCAUUGCGCCAAGAUAUUAAUGAUUAUAACCGGAGAUUCUCAGGGCAGCCCAGAUCUAUUAUGGAAAGAAUUAUGGAUCUACCCACUUUACUGAGGCAUGCAUUCAGGGAAAUGUUUUCAGUCGGGGGCCUUUUCUGGAUGUUCCGCAUCAGGAUAAUACUUUGUUUAAUGGGAGCUUUUUUCUAUCUUAUAUCACCUCUAGAUUUUGUACCUGAAGCCCUGUUUGGAAUUCUAGGCUUUCUAGAUGAUUUCUUUGUCAUCUUUUUGUUGCUCAUCUACAUCUCUAUUAUGUAUCGAGAAGUGAUAACACAGAGACUAAACAGGUGAAAAAAUGGAAGUUUACUAAAAAUAUUUCAGCUAAUGUGUGAAAUCAGACAGAAGGGCCCGUGGCAGUAUACAGUAUUUGAAUAUUAUUGUACAAGCUUAAAACCAUGUAUGACAAACAUUUGAUUUCAUUUGGCAAAUGCCUACCAAGAUAUGACUGGAAUUUUUACAUUACAGGUUCUAAUGUUAAGGAUAGAAUUAUAAUAAUUUAUAAUUAAAUCUUGAUUGUGUUGUCUAUAAAGUCUCUGGAAAAAAACAUAGAAUUAUAUAAAAAGGGAUGAUUUUAUAUCUUUUUCUUUUUCCAAAAAUUACUCAUUAAUUGGAUGUAUAGUAAGAUAUUGUUUUACAGUUUAUCCAAUUUAUCCUUCUCAGUGUGUACCUAUAUGAUAAUAUAUUGCUAUGAGAUGCAUCUAAUUAUUUUUGUUACAAUAAAAUGUUGUACAAUUUUGGGGGAAAGUCAAUGUGUCUUUUAGUGCUAGCUAUGUUUUAUGCACUUGUAGCAGUUAUGCUUUUCUAUCCUGAUAUAAUUCUUUGCUAUCAGCUAAAAGUAAAAGAAGGAACUUGAAGUUUAUAA